GCUUUCAUGCAAAUGAGAACGAUCCACAACGAACACUCAUCAAAUGAAUCUGCAACAGAAUGGGAUUCAAAUUCAAUGCACAGAACCACACUCGGGAGAAGAAGAGAUUUUCAUGUCGGCACGUAUCUUCAAAAGUCCGAAAACGAUAAUCUAUAUACUUAUCGAACUCUGUUCUUGGUUCCUCAGGAACAUUAAGGGUUUCCCUACUCUGGACUCGUGAACGAAAGGGAUUUGGGUUGGAACCAUGACAUAUGCAUCUCAAAUCUUUCGUAACUCUAAAAAGCUUGGAGAUGUUUCCACCUUACGUCGGCAUGACCAUCCAAUUUUGCUGCGUUGGCUUGCCAACAUUUCAUGGCCCUUUAAUAUCUUAGGAGAUGAUCCUUUGGAAUGCCAUCAACUUGGUUAUGUGCCUGGAGAAAGAGACAGGGUUGUAAGAAUUCCACAGGAUGCAUUUCAAGUAUAUCCAGCUUUAGUCAUAGUUACAAAACAAUAAAUCUAGCCAUGUUGAUCAGACCCGUCAAGCCUUUUCUUCUCCUCCCUCCCUUUCUCUUUGGGGUUGCCUUUUUGAUUGCUUCAUCAUCCAUUGUAGAAAUUAGUGAUCCUAGACUAUCUUUUAUGAAUUUGGUUUUGUAGAUAUCAUUAGUUGGAGUAGAGAAGGGAAAUCGUUUGAUGACAGCAAUGAAAGUUGGAGCUCCAGUGGCUGGAUUUGGGGUUAACAACCGGUUUUUAUGGUCGCAGGUGCAACGCACAAGAAGUUUUUUGACAGAUUCAGCUUCUCGUGGGAAUGAAGUCUCAGCAACAGCUCCCAAGGUUGACAAAACAACUGCUGCAGCUCUAGAAUAUACCGACAUUCCUAACUCUGAGAUAACAAAUGUUAUGGCUUCAUGGUUUUUACUCUCCAAGCAAACUAUUCCUCACUAUUAUUUAACGGUGGAUACAUGUGUCGACAAUCUUAUGGACUUGCAAAGCCAACUUAAUUUGUUACAAGAAGCUUCAGGUGGAAAGAGGAUAUCUUUUAAUGAUUUUGUAAUUAAGGGAGCUGCUUCGGCUCUACGAGAAGUUCCUCGGUGCAACAGUUCUUGGACCAGUGACUAUAUUCGCCAGUACCACAAUGUGAAUAUCAAAGUUGCAGUUCAGACGGAUAAUGGGACACUUGCCCCUGUCAUCAAGGAUGCUGACAAGAAAAGUCUGUCCAUGAUCGCCAAGGAUGUUGCUGAGCAAGUCCAGCAUUUGACCCAGAAAGCCGAGGAGAACAGCUUAACACCAGAAGACUACGAGGGAGGCACAUUUACUUUGGUGAAUUUGGGAGGGCCUCUCGGUGUUAAGCAAUUCAGCGGUGUAAUUCUUCCUCCUCAAUCAGCUCUUUUAGCAGUGGGGUCGGCUGAGGAGAGGAUCAUACCCAGUUCUGGCCCUGAUCGAUUCAAGUCUGCUUCCUUCAUGUCUGUGACAUUGAGCUGUGAUCAUCGUGUUAUCGAUGGUGCUACGGCUGCAGAAUGGCUGAAAGCAUUCAAAGGCUACAUUGAGCAUCCCGAGUCGAUGUUGCUUUAAGCAAGCUAGCCAUUAUUCUUCAUGAUAGAUGACCAGGAAAGAAAGGUUCUCCGUUCUCUAAAUGGUUGAUCUUAAUUUGGCGUGCUGGCCGUUGCUUCAUUUCGUAUAGUGAUAAUGUUUUCACUUUCUUAACGCUCUCCCCCCCUUGUACAAUCAGUGGGGAUGAUAGACCCAGUUUCAAUUGUUUCUUCUAAUAAUUUGAAAUAAAGGAGGCCUUGGGGCUCUAUAUCAUGAACCGAAUGCAGUAGCUCUUGUAAAGACUCCAUCUCUAUAAUUCAGUUGCGAAUAAUUGUAUCAUUUCCACUGUGAAUCGUGUAAGAAAUUUACUGUUUCGCGUCUUGGUUUGGAAG